AUGGAUAAGAUAUUGCGUCUUGUCUCUCAACGUUCGAAACUACCGAAUAAUAUUGACGAAGUUGAGAAGUCGGUCUCAUCAUUUCAACCGCUUACUUUAUCAAAACAAACAAGUAAUAGCUCUGUCGAUUCACCGAAUCCAACUCGAGAUCCACAUGUUAUGCAAGAGUUGAUCAAUAAUGUUGAAGAUGUUUAUUAUUCAAUGACAUUCGACUCUGGAAAAUAUGAAAUUGAAAAUAUUGCUGGACCAAAUUGUCGUGAAUUAUCCAAAUUAAAAUUACGUCUUUUAGCGUUGGAUCGUCAAAAUAAAGCUGUAUCUAGACGUGUUUCUGAAUUGGUUCUAGAAAAGCAUCCACAAUAUGAAGCGGAAUUGAAAGGUGUUUUAUCAUUACAAUCAGAUAACUGGGAAACAUUGUGCAUGUGUCGAGAAAUUAGAAACUCGUUAAAACAAGCUGACAAAACAUUGGUUUUAUCACGAUUAAUUGUUUUACGUAAUCACCGUAGACAAUUAAGGCUGAAACAAACACUAAACAUUUUAUUUCGAUUGCGCAAUCUACAAAAUAAUGUUCACCGGCUUGAUACACUCAUUAAACAAGGUGACUUUUAUGAUGCUAUUCAACUACAUCGUGAAAGUCUUGUCCUUUUGGAAGAUUUCCGUUCAUACCGGUGUAUUGAAUCCAUACAUAGCAAGUUGAAAGCAUCAGAAUUACGUAUUGAUGAGAAAUUAGAUUCAGAAUUACAAAGAAGCUGUGAACAUUUUGACGAGAAAUCAUACUCAACUGUUCAGCGUGCAUUUGAAUUACUAGGAAGUACUCAGACGACAUUUGCUCAAUUACAAAUGCAUUAUGUAGCAGCUAUACAACGUAAAUCAUUCUAUCUCGUUCAAUUUCAUGUGCAUUCAGCAUCUCAGCCAGAUACAUCUGGGAAUAAGAUAAUUACUGAUCAUUCUUAUCCAGAAUUAUGUCAACAACUUCCACAUUGGACUUUACUACGGUGUUUGAGAUCGAUUUGUCAAAAUAUGUGGGAAAUUCUAUUAUGUUAUCAUCGUACAAUUCAAUGGCAUAAAAAUCGAGCGUCUGGCAAAAGUUCAUCUGAAACAUAUCCGUCUGCAUCUAGUCACACCAAACAUAAAUCAUUUACUUCAAAUUCUCUACUUAAUAAUUCCAAAUAUCAUAAACCGAAAUUAAAAGUUGACAGUAUCAAUCGUGAUGAUAUUGUUGUCACUACUGAAAUUGAUCAAGACAGUAGUAUAGUGACAAAAUCAUCCGUUAUCAUAAAUAAUGAUCAUGGUUGUGAUCCACAAUUGGCCAGACAGUGGCAUGAUUAUGUUACGUGUAAAUUAGAUUCUGGUCGGUCACGUAUAUGGUCAGAAAUCAUUUCACGUAUUGAACCAAUUUUAAAUGUUGUUAGUCAACUUGCCAGAGAUAUGACAUUUGAUCAGAUUGCUUCAUUAUUAUCUACUAUUAAUCAUUUUGUACAUAUAGGUGAAGAAUUUUGUGAAUGUUCACCGAAUGAACUACUGGAAGCUUUACGAAUUUCAAUUCAAAAAUAUUUUAAAGACUUCCAUCGAAAGCAUAUGGACCGACUUAAAAUGUUUUUAGAAAACGAAACGUGGAAAAUAUGUCCUGUCAAGCAUUCAUUCACUGUAAUGGAUCUUCAGGAAUUCAGAGCAGUAAAAGAUUUAUUUGAAAGUAAUACAGCUAACAACAAUAUUACUAAUAAUAGCAACGGCACUAAUGUUAAUAAAAGCAUUACAGUCAAUGGGUUAAGCAAAGUCUCAGAUAGCAAUAAUAAUAAUAAUUCAACGAUAACUGUUUCAAAACUACAAAAUAAAAAGUUAUUCGCCUUCCCUUAUACCUUUGUGCAAUUCCCUGAGGAUCCCGAGAAUAGUAAUAAUAAUGAUAACAUUAAUGACAAUGGUGUUAGUAGUGACAAUAAUCUUGGUCAAACUGAAACUAACUCCCCUGAUUUAACGAAUUUGUCGUCAGCAUCAAACGAUAUUAUGGCUACACAAAGGUCAAAUACAAAGUUUUCUCCCAAAAAUACAGAUCAUAAUCGUGGUGAUAAUGAUCUUCAUGGUAAUGUUAAUCAUAAUGCCAAGUUUAUUACCAUUUCACAAAACAAUUUCUCUAAUGAUACAUCGUUUUCAAAUGAUCAUAGUGGGCCACUUUUAUCAACAACUACAUUAGAAGUUCUUCGUUUGAUCGGUCGUUACUUGCAAAUGAUGAGACUUUUAAAGCCGAUUGCUGGUGAAGUAAUGCAUUGUCUAUGUCAAGUAUUUGAUUAUUAUUUGUACUCUAUUCUUAAUCUAUUUGGUCCUAUUCAAAUAUCAAAUUCAUCUGAAUUUCCAGAACGUUUACGGACAACAAUAAAACGUAUCAAUGAACGUUUAAUAACAACUGAUAAUCAUCAAAGUAUUUUAACCGGGGAUCGAUUUUCCCUUCCUUUGCAUGGACCUAUUGAAUUAUUGCAUACAUUAAAUCCUACUGACAAUAAUCCGACAAUCGAUGAUAAUAUUAAUAAACGUGAACACCAAUUAAUACAAAUUUACGUCGUCGCAGUUGAGUCAGUUAUUUUCCUGGCAGACAUUUUAGAGACAGUUCUUCUUCCGCAUUUAACAGCAUGUCUCCCAGAUAAUAAACGUGGUCUAGCACUUGUAUUUCGUGAACAGUCUUUGAUGGCAGCAAGACAAAUCCGCGAACCAUGUGCAAACGAACUGGCACCACAUUUGCUGAAUAUCAUAAUCGCAAAAAUGACUGGUGUGACAACAAAAAAUUGUAAGCAGUUAACAGCAACAAAUAGUGCAUCGAUUACUUCAAGUUUCAGUAAAAUAUGGCCAAUAGGAUCCAAUACAAAUCAGCAACAACAAACUAUCGACAAAGAACCAUCUAUUCCAAAUAAUAAUAACAGUACAAGCUCACCAUCUCCAUCAUCAGUACAUAACAACUUAAUUGUAUCAACUUCUUCCGAUUCGAUUGACAUAUUAACUAUGCAUAUAUGUGCAAUGAAUUGGUCAACUAAAGAAGUGGCUAACACACCAAAUUCAUAUGUUUAUGAUAUAAAUAUUAAUGUAUUUCAUCCUUUAUCAUUAAUUUUACAGAACAUAUCAAAAGAAUUUCAUUUACAAGAUCAUGUAUUUAUUAUUAUUAUUUGGAAAGCAUUAUUAUCUUGUUUGGCCUCACGAUUACUUGAAGCUUUAAGUCGUGUACAACAAUGUUCAGAUGAAGGACGUGGUCAAAUGUUAUUAGACAUACAAACUUUAGCUGUAUACGCUCAAUCCGCUAGUAAAAUACGGUCAUUUCCUAGACUGGAUUAUGUAAUUGAAUAUAUUCAGGCAUUCUACAUACCUAUACACGAAUGGGAGCAUUGGUUAACUAACUAUGGCACUAAAUAUUCACGAUCUCAGUUAACUGGACUUGCAUCAUGUCUUUCACGAUCUGAUAAACGUCAAUAUCAACGACUUAUAAACACAAUAAAUCAAAUUUACAAUACAACAAAUCAAACAAAUUCAUUUGGAAAUGGUUUGUUGACCACUACGACGAGUUGA